AUGUCUGAAAGAAGUGUCGCACUAACCAAGAUUCAACGAACGGAAGCCGGUAGUUGUGUCAGCUCUCUCUCUCUCGCGACAGUCUUCCAUCUCAAGUGUCCGUCUUUGUCAACACUGCCAUAUGCGACGUGGUCACACGUCCUCAAUCUCACUGACAAUGGAAGAGGAUUGUUUGUAAAGAGGAAAAUAAGUUAUAGGCAUCUCAUCAUCUUCGUCAUUGUCGUUGGAAUCUUCUUUGCCGCUGGGGUGUUGAUUGGGUGGUUUUCCCACACCUACCCUUCCAACGAUAACAGCAGUGAACAAACGGUAGCAGACGAAAGUUCAUACUUCGCAGAUUACAUUUUAAAUAACGUGAACAAAGACAACCUCCGGAACUACCUGAGAGAAUAUUCUAAAGAACCCCGACUGGAAGGUACAGAGAAAGAUGCCGAGCUUGCCAGACUCAUGCAGAGUCAGUGGCAGGCUAACGGCUUGGAUGAUGUUCACCUCGCCACGUACAACGUGCUCCUCUCCUUCCCCAACAAGACCAACCCCAACGUGAUUCAGGUCACAAACACGACCUCAGGAAAGGUGGUGUUUGAGACACACAAGUACGAGGUGGUACUCACCCAGCAGAGAACAACUCCGAUGUGGUGCCCCCCUACAAUGCAUACUCACCCGCUGCUGACGUCACCACGAGAAAAAAUUGUCAUUAUUAACCUUGUCUUAAAAAUUCAAUUGACUGGAGAUCUGGUUUAUGUGAACUACGGAAGAGAAAAAGACUUUUCAUAUUUGACGAAAACAUUGUCCGUCAACCUGACUGGAGCCAUAGUUAUUGCCCGCUAUGGUAAAAUCUAUCGGGGGGAUAAAGUAAAAUUUGCCGAACGUUACAACGCCGCUGGAGUGAUCUUGUACUCAGACCCCAGUGACUUCAACAUUGACCUCAGCAAGCCCUACCCUGACUCGUGGUGGUUGCCACCCACUGGAAUACAGCGUGGAGUGAUCGCUGGCUGGUGCCAGUGGCGACCAGGAAACGCCCCUGUACCCUUCCACCUCACCAACAACUACGCCAAUAGGGUUAACGCUACGUCACUGCCAAAAAUACCCUGUCAGCCCAUCGGGUACAUUGACGCCAUUGAACUUCUUAGAAAUCUGUCUGGGCCGCUGGCUCCUGAUGAGUGGAGAGGAGGGCUGAACAUCUCAUAUCGCAUUGGCCGAGGAUAUGAAGACUCACAUUUCAAGGUGCGCCUAAAGGUAAACAACUUUGAAGUUAAGCCAGUCUACAACGUCAUAGGUAUAAUAAAAGGAAGCGAAGAACCAGAUCGCUAUGUACUCCUUGGCAACCAUCACGAUGCCUGGGCGUUUGGCGCUUUUGACCCUUUGUCUGGAGCAGCGUCUUUAACCGAGCUUACUCGUGUGUUUGGACAGCUUCUUAAACAGGGUCACCGACCUCGCCGAACUGUAGUAUUUUGCAGCUGGGAUGCUGAGGAGCAGGGACUACUAGGAUCCAACGAGUGGGUGGAGGAACACCUGAAAGUGUUGCUGCAGCGAGGUGUAGCCUACCUGAACGUAGAUUACUCAGCAGUUUCAAAUUUCACCAUGGCGGCAGGCACCAGCCCUCUUUUGCAGGAUGCUCUUUAUGAAGCAGCAAAGCUCGUUCCUAGUAUAGAUCCUGCAUUCACAACAAUAUACGACAUGUGGCUGCACAGACCGACAUCCGGCGAAGUUGACAAAGAGCCAUAUGUUUAUUACUCCCUCGGAUCAUCAAGUGACAUGGCAGCGUUCUAUCAGCGAGCAGGAGUCUCGAGUGUUGACAUGUGGAUAACUUAUGACGAGGCUAACUUGCCAAUAAUUACGUACCCUCUCUACCACUCAAGUUACGAAACUUUCUUUGCUUAUGACACGUUUAUUGAUCCUGGUUUUGUAGCGAAUGCCGCCAUGACAAAGGUUUGGGGUGUUAUGACAAGCAACCUGGCAAAUUGUAAACUAUUGCCUUUCAAAGUCGAGAGGUAUUCUACGGCGGUUUCCACCUUUUAUACUUCUCUCAAUAAGACCUCGUGGAAAGAACAUGGUGUCAAUAUUGAGGCCAUGGAUUCAGCUAUUAUGAAUUUCACCAAGGCUACCAAAGCAUUUCAAGAACAAAUCGAUCAAAGUAUAUCAGCAAAGAGCAGCCCACUGCAGCUACGUAUGGUCAACGACAGACUAAUGCAGUUGGAAAGAGCUUUCUUGGACCCAGAAGGUCUGCCCGGGAGUCCUGAUCAAAAACACGUGAUGUUUGCUCCUAGCCAGUUUGAUAACUAUGUAGACAACAGUUUUCCCGGCAUUGUGGAUACAAUGGUUCAGAUACAACAAGGGUAUGACAAAUGGGAUGAACUAAAGCAGCAAGUUUACAUCUCUACCUACACCAUUCAGUCAGUUGCCUCUACCCUAGAAGACAUUGGCCUGUGACCUUUGGACUGUAACCGUUAGUUGAUCUGUGAACGGAUUGAGUGCCGGCUACCCAAGUCUCUCUCAAAACACUCUCAGAGCCUUGGAACCAUUCGUUAAGCAAAUGCUUUUUAUUGAUUCUUUAAGCUAUUUCGUCGUGUAUUAUAUGUUAGUUUAGGUCAAUGAUAUAAUUACAUAAACCUCCCGAUUUAUCUAAAACUAAAAAAUAUUACUUGAAUUAAAUGUCAAAAAUUAGAGGGUGUUAUAAAACAUCAAACCAUCCCCAAGAAUGCUUUUACUACUCAUUGUAAUGUACCUGCUAAAAAACUUAUAAUACAGUACCUCCUCCCAUUUCACCAGAAGAGAUUUUGAAGGUUUUUCAUUACCAAACUGGCAUAUUUACCCCAGCAAAUAUCAAUCUUCAUUAACUCUGGAGAGAUGACCUACAUUAAGCUAGCGAGUCUCAUUGUUAAGUUUCAAACAUCUUAAAGAGCUAAUUUUGAGCAUGAGUAUCAAGAGUUUAGAAUCAACAUUUUAGUCCUUCUUCCUAAUAGGGUUUACAAUUUACAGGUCUUCACUUUAAAAGUAUCAAUGUUAUUUUAUUAGAGGCAGAAAACUUGUAUAUAGUAAGAAAUAGUUAGAUGCAGCAGUUAUAAAAAUAACGGAUAUCACUAAUACUGAUGGUAUAUUUGUGACUGUUGAUGAAGUAUAUAUUAUGUAUCUUGCCUUAAUCAAAACAGACUUUUCAACUUUCAUGGGUCUGAUACAGUCCAUGAAACAAUAUCAAAAGAAAUGUAAUUGUCUGCUAGUCUCUCAAAAUGAAACUGUCUUAUAGGGGAUAAGGUAUAAUUAGAAAAGGGAACAAAGAAGUUUUUUUAAAAUCCUUCAAGAUAAUAAAGUGGAUCCAUCGGCACUGAGAAAAUGGGAGGCUGGAUUUAAUGAACAUAACUAAGCUGAUAUAUUUCUAAAGCCCUUCUUUACUAUUAUUGACACCCAGCGGAGAUGGUUUCAAUUAAGAAUCUUACGCUGAAUCCUACCCACAAAAUCUUUUCUUUUUAAAUGAAACCUCAUUGCAACGUCUUUGUUGUUUUUUUUUUUAACAAGAUAAUGAAACAAUUCAACACAUAUUCUGGCACUGUUCAUUAAGUAUGGACUUUUGGAUACAACUAUGAAAUAUGUUAAAUAACCACAGAGGAUAACUUUAUCUUUUUUUUAACUCAUGAUAUAUUAUGGAAUAAUAUGUUCAAUCUAUGAAUAAUAAUAGGACACAAAUAUCCAUUAAGAGGCAGUGGCUCCAAUUUACCCACGUCGUUUCUUAAAUAACGGUAUCAUUUGUUUAAAAAAGGAUAUUUUUGAAGCAAUUAAAGCGGCUUUGAGAUCAUUUGCCCGUACAGCAAAUGUUAAAAUCUGAUUUGGAUAUGUUUAACCAGUCUUUUGUGGCACCUGCCUCUCUAUAUUGUAGCAGAUGAAAUUUGUUAUUUAUAUUAUCUUAUGUGCAUAUUUCUUAAAUUUUGAAUUAUUCCAUUAUGAUUUUAUAUGUUGUACAUGUAUUGUGGAAUAUAAUGCUUUAAAAUAAUGAAAAAACACCAUAUUUUUCAGUUCUGAAGGAAUGAUUUUAAGUAGUUUUCUUUGUUAGUGAAAGUUUUGUAAUUUUCAACUUUUACCUGAUGUUGAUACUCUAUAUGCUGAUGAAUUGUUUUCAAUGUUGCCUUUUAAAAAUAAAGUUUCGUAAAAGUUACACAUUUUAAUGUACAAAUAAGCUAUUUAAGAUUUAUCUAUGCUAUUUGAAUAUCAUAAACAUUGAAUAAAUACUAUAGAAGUA